AUGGCUCCUCUCGAGCCCUCCACCGCGGACACGGGAUUUAUUCUGACUCCACCACCUCUGGGGAAUCCUUUCACGUCGGAUACAUCUUACCAGCGGAUUCUCGAACGGUAUCUACCGCCGGAUGUUCUUCGAAAGGUCAUCCCACGCCUCACCAGGUUCGCGGAUGAGGCAGUCUCACAAGAGAUCAACGACCUCAUAUCCAACGCCGAGUCUGAACAGCCACAUGUUAAAACCCACAAUGUCUGGGGUGCGCGCUACCCCUAUGAUCGCUUGGUGACGAGCCACGGGUGGAAAGAACUAGGCAAAUGGGGAUCAAAGAACGGUGUGAUAGCGCUUGGCUACGAGGAGGAAUUCAAAGAGUAUCGGAGACUCGUCCAACAUGCCUUCAACUACACCUUCUCGGCAUCCUCGGCCGUGUAUUCGUGCCCGGUUUCAAUGACCAGUGGAGCUGCGAGGCUGGUGGCCAAACACCUGGACUCUGUGCCGGCCGAUCACCCCUUUCAUGAGAUAUAUCGUCUCCUGACUGCGCGCGAAGGUAACUGGAUCUCGUCCCAGUGGAUGACCGAACGGCCAGGCGGCAGUGAUGUGCAGAACUCAGAAACAGUGGCUGUUUACUCUCCCCCAUCCCAUAAGACAGGUCGAUUUGGAUCGAUCGAAGAGGGCGACUACCUUGUGUCCGGGUUCAAGUUCUUCUCGUCGGCAACCGACUGCAAUGUCGCUUUAAUGCUGGCGAAAACAGAAUCCGGCCAGCUCAGUCUCUUCAUCGCACCGACUAGGAAGACCGUCACCGUGCAGGGCCGGAGGCAGGAAGUAACCAAUGGCAUUCGCAUCCAUCGUCUCAAGAACAAAAUGGGCACCAAGGAACUCCCGACAGCAGAGCUCGUCCUGAACAACGUCAGAGCACAUUUGAUCGGUCCACUUGACCGUGGAAUCGCCACGAUAGCACUUCUGUUGAAUGUCACACGAACGCACAAUUUCAUCACCGCCCUGUCAUGCUGGCGCCGGGGCAUGGCCAUUGCCAAGUCUUUCGCCAAAGUCCGGACCACCAUCAACCAGCCCUUGGCGACGUUCCCCAUGCACCUCCGGCUUCUGGCGACUAUGGAGGUCAAGCACCGAGGCGCCCUUCAGCUCGCCUUCUUCACCACGAGUCUGCUGAGCUUCGUGGAUAAUGGCUUUCCUCCAGAACAUGUCCAACGACAGGGAUACGUGCCUCUCCCAUCUCCGGGCGAGCAAGCGGAAGUCAUCUUGAGGGCUCUGACGGCAACCGCCAAGGCUGUCAUCUGCAAGACUGCGACGCUUGCAUUGCAGGAAUGUCAAGAAGCCAUGGGCGGAGUCGGGUAUCUGGACGAACCCGCAGAGCCCGAGUUCAAUAUCUCGCGCCUGAUGCGCGACACCGCCGCCAAUAUGACGUGGGAAGGCACGACGAAUGUGCUCAGUAGUGAGGUCGUCAGACAUCUGUUGAACAAAAACGCUCGACAUCUGUCAAGUUUCGGCGACUGGGUGAAGCAAGCGAACGCCCACGUCAGGGACAUUGAGCUGAAGAAGACGCUGAAUCGAGCUUGGACAGAGUUCUCCAGGACUAUGGAAGGCAAGCGCGCCGACAUGAUGUCUGCGCUGGCCAUGGGACGGCAUUUGAUGUUCUCUCUCGCGUGGAUCGUGGCAGGUGUCCUCCUCACCCUGGACGCUGAACGAGACGGCGAUGCCAUCGCCAUGGAGAUUGCUCGACGUUGGGUUCUGGAUGGGGAAGGCAAUGUCGGCGAGUUUCAUCUUCCGCAUGUCGUUCGAGUGUCAGGAAGAGCGCUCGUAAUGGAUGACGGAGACAGGAUCAACUGGGAUUGCAGAUUAGUCUGGGGCUGUGAUCUACCUGCGGACGCUGCAAAAGGGUACCGAGCAGCGAACCCUGAAGUGGCCCGGCCAAAGCUGUAA